GUCUGGCCCGGCCCCUCGACGGGAAGUGGGAGUUGGGAGUCGCGCCGGCCGGUCGGAGCUAUGGCUUUGCAGGGAGCCCCUGUGCGGUGCCGGCUCCUCCUCGCUGUGUGCUGGGCUGUGGCCGCGGGCACGGCGGCAGGAGCAAAAGUUGUUCCACCUCCAUCCAACCUGGACUACUCAUUUAUCCAAAUCUGCGCUCUGAACUGGACAUGGAACCCCCCCCCGAACAUCAGCAGUAGCUGCAACCUGGAGUAUGCCAGUGACAUCAUCAUUAAUGAGGUUCCUCAGGACAUAAAAAAAUGGAGUAAGGAUCUCUUCCGUGUGACAGACGCAUUCUUGGAUGAGGAAGUGCGUUUCAGAGUGAGAAGUGAGUGCAGGCAUGAUAACACCACUGAGCCCAGCCCGUGGGUGGAGACCUCCCUUCUGCCAAAAGGUAUUCCAGGUACUGCUGCUGUUGACUUGAGCUGUGUUUGGGACAAUUUGGAGUACAUGGUUUGUAAGUGGCGUCCUGGGGAGAAUGCAAGCAGUGAUACCAACUAUACCUUGUUCUACUGGUUUGAUGGUUUGAAAAACCCAGAGAAGUGCAGCAACUAUUCUACAGACCAAGGGAUCUUUGGAUGCAUUUUCAGUUUUACCUCUCCAAACGUCACAACUAUAAGUAUUUUGAUUAGAGCUGACUCUGAAGAAGUUAGGCCUGUGUGUGCAAUUAAAAAUCCUACCACCCUUGUAAAACCUGCUACACCAAGUCAAGUGACAUUGUCAAAGAUUAAUGAUAAAAUAGAUGUAAAAUGGAGUGAAUCAGAAACCUUUCCAAAAGGCUGUUUGCUUUAUGAAGUUAAAUAUCGCAAUGGUGAUUUGGACACUGGUCGGAUAAUUCCAUCUGAAGAGAAUUCUGUGUCAAUUUCUGGCAUUGAUCCCAACAGCAAGUACGUCUUCAAAGUGAAAGCAAAGCCAAGGCACGGCUGUUACAGCAGCGAGUUCUAUAGUGACUGGAGUGAAGAAAAGAGCAUUGGUGACAAGAGGGACUCUACAAUCUCUUUGGUUCUAAUAAUCACUAUUCCAUUAAUAGUAGCAGUAUCUACAAUAAUUCUGCUGGUUUAUCUGAAAAGGCUGAAGAUAUUAAUUCUUCCACCAAUUCCAGACCCUAGAGAAAUUCUUAAGCGCAUGUUUGGAGAGCAGAAUGAGGAUUCCCAGAACUGUGCAAAGGAUGAUUCCAUGAAUGCUUAUGACAAGUUGAUUAUGGAAGAAGAAAUUCAUUCUUUAAUUUUAACAGAAACUUCGGAGACUCCUAACUCUGAAAAAGAAAACAGAUGAACUGUGCUUUAUCAGUGAAAGAGGAGGAAACUCAUUCCUGCUCAUACCUCAGGUGACAGUGUAGAUGUGAAGAGGCCCAUGAGACAUUCAGCUCUCACCUCACUGAGUCCUCCUCUGAUGCACAGGAGAUGCAUCACUAACUGUGGCUGUUCUUCCAUCUCUCUGAUCAUCCAAGAUCACUCAAGAGGAGCAUGUACAUAAAUCCUGUCACUGCAUUGCAGCAUCUCCCAUUCUGGCUUCAACCAGCUCUGCCCUGUUACUUGUCAUUUGCACUUGAAUUUGUGCCUCACAGGAGACUGUCAGUGCAUUUUUUUGGAGCAAGCACUGUGACUUUCUGAAAUAUUUGUCUCUGUUUUGCAGUAGGUGAGAUAAGGUUCAUGUACAGUACAUGGCUCAUUAGUGCUGCACGGAGCUGCUGCCAGGUGUGGUCCCAGAGCACAGACUGUUUGUGGAUGGCCCCAUGUGUGUGUACCCGGGCACUUUCCAGGGGGCACUUAAGGACUGACCUUCUUGUGUUUCUGGUUGAUGUGCAUCAGCUGUGGCCUGGUCAAAUAUCUUAAAAGAGGGUGAUUUUUUUCUUUGAAAAUGUGUAUGAAAAGCCUCUCUGCUUUCUAGCUGGUAUUCAGAAUAUUCAUAGAAAAGGCUUAGCAUUGUAUCCUUUCAGUGACCUGUCCUCAGAUGCCUUGCCUUCAUGGACUUCUUGGGUUUAUUAUACUUUGUUUCAAAUGAUAUAGAUUUUUUUUACUUGUGCUGUGCAGUGGCAGAUAACUGUAUUGAGUCUCACCAGACUGUGAUUCUACUUUGGCCAUAUUGGCCUGAAAACACCAUUUUUGGAAGCAAAGUCAUCCUGAGUCUGUCCAGCAGAAUUACCAGGAUGGAUGCUUAAGUCAAAUUGAUAGCAAGUGUUAACCCACCGAAACUGAAAUAAUUCAAAGGCUUCAAGACCCAUCCUUACUGCCAAGCUGAUGCUUUUGGGAGAAGGGGGGAUGACAACCUUGACCUGUUUUCUAAGGGAUAAGUUUUAUCAUUUCUAUAGUGAUGAGACUGAUUUGAGCUUCCCCUCUAGGAGCUUAGCAAUAUAAAACAAGGUGCUGACUGGACUUCUAAAAAAAAAAAAUUUCUUCUAUGUUUUACUGCAGCAGGUUGAUGACUUUUUUUUUUUUAGUCAUUAAUUGUUUUGCUCAUUUUUUGAUGGUUUUGUUUUGAGGGUGCUUUACCCAGCAAAGCUCAACAGAUGUUUUGUGGCACAACUGUGGUGUUUCUCUGCUCUGAAUUCCAAGCAUUAGUUUCCACCCUGUGCUGCAAGGGUGGUAACAGCAGUACCUUAAUUGUGCAGGAGGAAGAAAGUAAUGUAAUGAGCAGAAAGGGAUCCAUGGAAGCCCUUUAUGGUUUGUGUUCAGGAAUUUCUUGCUCCUUCCAACUAAGUGCAGACAUGUUAAUCACUGAUGUGGUCAGUCUUAGCAGACUGGGAAAAGAUCUCCUGAUAAGUUUGCUAGGAACAAACUCUAUAGCCACUAACCUUUUAUAGUUCAUCCCUGUCCUCAAACUCCAGUCAAAAAUCUGAAUCAAAAUGCUACAUUCUUAGAACAUAAUGUUCUGUGAGAAGUAGAACAAAUGUGCAUCCUUUACCCACUUGUGUAUGCCCUCCUCAAUAAAUUCAGUUCUUUCCCCAGUCCCUACUGAGCCUCUCAGAUAUAGUUUCUUCCACAUUCUUAUCUGUUAGUGGUAGAAAGGGGAGGAGAAAUGUAGCAGAACUAGCAGACUCCAUAUUAGUAUUUAGCAGCGAAGUUAAAAAAACCCCCAACAUUAUAAAAAUUGAUAAAUGAGACAAAGUGAGAAUAAAGCCUCAGGGAUUUGAGUGAGAUAAAACUCAGGUUAUAAAAAGUCAGUUAGCAGCACUGUGGGAAAUUUCAGAGGUAAAAGAUAGCGUGGGGGACAGAGUAAUUAAAUUCCUGUGCCAACUUCAUUCCCUCUGCCCUGCAACAUUUAUAUCAUUAUAGUGAUACAAAUAUUUUUUCAAUCUACCUCAUCUAGAAUGUUGCUCAUCACAGACCACUAGACAAACAGAAAUGUAUGAUUUCAAUAUAAGUAAGCAUAACAGUGUAAUGUAAAGUUUUGUGGCUUUCAGUAUAGCCCUCUAGGAAAAUCAGUGCUUUACCCUAAAUCCUUUUGACUUUUGUGCUGGUGUUUAUGGUAAAACCAAAGUUUAUUGUUUCUUAAAAAAUCCAAACCAACAAAAAGACCCCAAACAAAUUCAUAAAGCCAGAGAAGUAGAAAAACCCCCAGAUGUAAACUGUAAGGCCAAAAGGAAGACUUAAAUACAAAGGAUGGCUUGGAUUGCUGUAUAGAAAAGUUUUGGAUAACUCUCCUGAAUAACAGCAGUUGACACACUUCCUAAUUGAUUAAUUUCUUGAGCCUGUGUUUGUGCAUAUAAAGCAAUUGUAUGAGUAUACUUUCAUCUUUAAUGUGUAUUUUUUAAGGUUAGAGGGGUUUUAGCUUGAAAUUUUCCGCAUUUUGCUGUCAUUUGUUUGUUCUUCAUUGCAGUUACUUGAUCUGUAAAUUUAUUCAAAGAAUUUAUAUUGAAAAACAUUCAAUAAUAUUUAUUAUGUUGUGGCAUUUUGUUCUUGAGUAGAUAAACUAAUAGAGAUGGUGUUUUGAUGGGAAACCAUGUUCGAGGGUUGCAGAACCCAAAGAAGAAAAACUUGUGUGUUGCUUUGGCCUCUUCCCUCUCAAAAGUGAACUUGAGCCACACAAUCAGAGGGGAAUACUAUAGCCAUAUUUUUUUGCUGUCAUAAUGGAACAGAGAUGGAGCUGUGAGACUUGUGCUCUCACUCUCAGGGUACUCAAGGCCACACUAUUUUCUGACAUUGCCAUGUUGAGACUUAAUAAAUGAUCAAACUGGAAUUUGACUGAGAGUGCUGCAGCCUUCCCAAAUAUAGCUCCAUAGUCGUUGCUAGCUGCUGAAGUCACUGAAAAUGCCAGGUUGCUAAACUACUGAAAGGCAUUAUUACCUAGUUGCUGGGACCCAAAUAUGUUUAUUUGGCACCUGAACACAUUAGUGAUGGCUUCCUGAAAAGAUUCAGGGAAAGAAUACUUUGUUCCCUUCAGUUCAGCAGAUCAUCCAGAAUUAAGACAUAACUGUGACGUGACCAUCCAAGACACUCUUUGGAUUCCUCUCUCCCAGUUCUCCUGUUUUGGUGUUAAUGGUGACCAGCAACAAUCACUUGCCGUAAGUGACUUUUUUCUAUGUUAAUACAUUCUGUUAAAUAAUUUUUCUGUAUUUGGCAUCCUAGAAAAAUUGAACAAUUAAUUUCUAUCUUUUUUGUUAAUUUAUUUCAAUUAAGGAAUGCCAUGACACAGUUGAACAGCUUUAAAGGAGUCAUAAAGGAACAUGUCAACUUGUAAGCCAUGGUGUUUCAGCACUUACUGGGUAGAACUAUUCACAGGUUGGGCAUUUCCAUUCACUGGAAAUUAUUCAAUAAGCUUAGUUCUGAGUUGGAACUUCAAAUACUCAAAAUUUCCCCUGGAAGGAAAAUGAAUUUUUUUAAUUUAAAAAAAAAAUAAAGAAAAAGAAAGAAAAAAAUGCUAACAGAAGAAAUUUUUUGGUUUGCAGGGUUUUUCCCUCACCCAAGCAAGAGCAGGAGGUAGGUGAGUCAAGCCCAGGUAUGGCCAGGACAUUGCAGGAACCUCCCUCCCUUGUCACUCUACUGCCAUGGUCAGGCAGCAGCUGAGACCUGCAGGUCCAGGAAUGGGCACAGUGGGGCUGGGAGGAGCAGAGCUUUGGGAUAUUUAAGAUUCAUCAAGAUGAUUCUCAAAUAGUUAGGUUUGAUUCAAUAUUUGCAAAAAAAUUUUCAGGGGAGCAAGCCCCAUAUGGGUUGCACUGUCAGUUGUAGAAAUGCAGCCGUGAAAUAAUACUGAAAAUCCAAAUAUAAAACCAGAUUAAAAUCUCUCUAUUUGGAUGAGCUUCCUGCAAGCUGUCUUCAAUCAUGGUGAUAGCAGGAGACUUGAGAUAGUUGAUGUAACUAAAUCCAUGCUCUCACCACAGCAAAGCAAUGCGGGUUUGGGUGGGUGGCACGGGAGAGACAAACUUUCUCUCAGGUCCGGAAACUCUGCCUCAGUUUUGUAACAUCUAAGAGCCUGAAAGCUUGGUGAUGACUCUUGGGGAGUUUUUGUGCAGCUGUUUUUUUCCCCCCUCUCUUUUUUUUUUCCAGUUAUAUUGGUUAGGUUAAUGAAAUCCUUUCUCUUUGCUUUUAAAGCUUGUAGAAGCAUCCUUUCGACAGCUGUUCUCUAAUUAUUGCCAAGUAGUGUUCUGAAGGUAAUAAUUCAGUGGGGAAAACUGUAAACUAGACAGUGUAUUCUAGUAAUAGUCUCUGUUUCUUGUUUUGCUUUUGCCAAAGUACUGCAAUUAUUUUGAUGACUCUUGCACAAAGCAUCUACAAAGAGAGACUUUCCAGUUAACCAGUGCUUCCAGUAAUCAUACUCUUUGCUUAAUACAUCAGUUUUCCUCUAUUUAAUUUAGCUCAAACUGCUAAAAUGGACUUGGCUAAGUGCAUGAUGAAAUUAAAAGCUUACUGAGAAAGAGGUUUUGUUAAGCUCAGGCACUGCCAUUUUUUGGAACUUGGGCAAAAUUUACAAAUUUAGAUCAAGUGUUAGGGGCAGCUUGAACCAGGAGUUAAGCUAAUGCUCUAAAAUUAGAGCUGCCCCUUCAUCUUCUGUGCUGAAAAAAAAAAAAAAA